AUGUCUGCUCCAUCACUGUUGCGACAAGCUACCCAGAAGAACAUGUCUAUCACUCAGACCUACUACCUGGCCCACAAGGCCCGAGCAAAGCUCUCUCGCGAGGCUGCUCAACCCGAUCACGAUCUCCGACUCCUGGUUGGACACGCUAACCUCCUCGACUCUCUGAUGCUCGAACUUGCCGAAGCCGAGCGAGAGCAGGAGCGAUGGUUCAACCAGUCUGUCCGCAACUCAAAGGCCACAUCCGCCGCCAACAACAAGCGACACAUCCAGUGGGCCGAUCGGAUCGAAGAGGAGGCUGUCGAUGAGGAGGAAUACGACUCCGACUCUUCAGUCGACUCUGACGACGAAUCCGACUACGACGAGAUGGAGGAGAACACCCGCACCACAAUCACCCCCGCCUCCACAAUCAAGGUUGUCGAGGACGAGGUCAUGGCUGACGACGAUCUCGAGGAGGACUACGCUCACCUCGGCCUUGUUCGAACUCCAUCUCACUCCAACUCCCCUCCGGAGCUGGUUGACCACGAAUCCGAUGAGUCUUCUGACGACGAGGCCAUGCCUCCAUCACCUGUCGAUGCCGAGCUGCCUCUUCCCGAGAAGUCAGAACAAGAAAGCGAAGAAUCAUUUUACCAAGAAGAGGACUUUUACCUGGGCCGGCGAUCACCUGCCGGCCUGGUGUCUGCUAUCUCAGUCUAUUAA